AUGGCAACUCGACCCAAAGCAAAGUUCAAGCUAAUCACUCCAAACCAGAAAUAUCAUGCCUGCAUUUCGUAUCACGAAACAGUUAAGGAAACAGUGAAUAAGCACAUUGUUUGUGAAUUGAGAAAACUUGGUUUCGACAUACAAGAAGUGUCAUGUGAUGACAAAUCAAACUUUCUGAAAAUUCUUAAAGAGUCUGAUGCAUGGGUGGAGGUGUUAACAGAAGAGUAUAGAAAAUGUGCUUGUUGUAAGUCCCGUUAUGAUAAAUUCACAAAAACAAGAGAGGAGACUAAAACAAAAUCACUGCAAAAACUUCUACAUCUACAAGUGCCAGAAUGUGAGACAAUGAAGUUACGUGUUCACAGUGACUACUCUGCUGAUGUAGAUGCUUUCAGUGGAGAGGGAUCAUCUUGGUUUGAUGAUCUGCAGCUGGCUAUAGUUGUUCGAUUCCAUGCUUUCCUUUCCUACCAUGAAUCUGAUGAUAAAAUGGCAAAAAAAAUCAUGGAAUGGUUGAAAGAAAAUGGCUACUUGUUUACAUACAGGAGGAAGUUUCUGUCCUUAGGAGAUGCUAAGAAGGCAGCCGUGGAUGAUAAAAUGUCAAAUAAGAUAAUAUCUUUGUUUUCUGAUUCAUAUGUGAACAAUCGUGAAGAAUUUGACACGUUGGUUCUGCCAGUCGCAAACGACAGAGCACAGGCGGCAUGGAUCCCAGUGGUGCUUGAAGGAAGUAACCAAAUCAACGACGUCCUUGACUACCUCCCAAGGAUCAAUCUGAUGUUUAACAACAAAAAUGGUCUGGAAAGUUCUGACAUCUGGAAGACUGAAAUGGAGAAACUCAAGAAAGGUCUUGAUAAUUCAGAUGGCUUGCCUUUAGAAACUGGAAUCAAGAGACGAGAUGGGCCUCCUGGUUUAAUCUCUUAUGAAAAAAUGAAGACUGUGGUGCACUCUGUUGGCAAAUUAACAGUGAAAGUAUCAGAAUUACAUCAACCAUGUUUUGGAACAGCAUUUUGCAUUGGGAAAGAUGAUGAUAAAGACCAUCGAUAUGUCUUUACAGCUUAUCAUACCAUAGCUGUUCUAAUUGAUUCCAUCAUUCGAAGUGAAACAGAAAAUGGCAAAAAAGAAGACCUGCUAAAAAAGAUUUGUUUUUCUAAAGAGGAGAUUAUAUGUAAUAAGGAUUGUGUCUUCAAACAAACAAAACCUGGCAAAUUAUUAUUUAGUGAGAUUGUAGGAAAUAUAGAAGAGUUGGAAAAAAAAUGGAAUGUGAAGAUUGACUUUUUAAAUGAGAAAAGAGAGACAUUAUGUGUUCAAGUGGACAUUCCAUUUCUGAGUCAGGAACAUGAUGUGAUCUUAUUGAAACUGAAACCUAAAUCAUCAACAGCUUCUUUUAUCCCAAAGCCUUUAAAACUUAACCUUGAUAGCAUAAACAAGUUCUGGCAUCUAACUGGAUUUCAAGUAAAAGAUAAAUUCAAGGCAGUUCAUACAGCCGCAUGGUGUCCAGUUUUUGAGGCACAAUCUUUUAAGCUCUCUGAAUGCUGGUGGACACGCAGAAAAUAUGAUAGCAGCGAACAUGAGGAAACACAUGAGGAUUUCCUUCAGCUGGACCGAUUAGGUUACAUACCUUUCAAGUGCACGACAGAUUUUCAGCAUGGUGCUUCUGGUUCACCAUGUUGGUGUGAAAUCAAUGACGAGGUUCAUGUACAGGGGAUGUAUCUUGGCUGCUUGCCCGAAGCGUAUUUCACUCAAGAUGACAAAGAUCUACCAGCAGAUUUGGCAUUUCGUCAUCGACCAGAAAAAGCAUUACCCAUGAAAAAAAUCCAUAAAAUACUUGAAAAUUCAGAAAUGCAAAACUUGAUCUUGGAUUUGUAUAAAUAA